AGGGUCUGCUGCGCCAGCGAUCUGCACAGAGCCGGGGCAGCACACAGAGGGAACACACACGCAGACGACUGUUAUCAACAUUGAACAGAGCAGAGCACCACAUCGGUGACAUUUGACAACAAGGGUGCCGAACACCAUGCCUGCAAUAGUCCCCAAGAGCAAAGCCCCGGGGGUCGAUUUCUGUGGGGUGAACGAAUAUUACUACAUAAUUCGCUCAGACUUGGGCUGCUACAUGAGGUCAACCAAUUUCAACGAAGGAAAAGAUCUGAACGUGUAUAGUCUGCACCCCUCCUGCCAGGGCGGGGAGCACUAUCUCGCCCACCAGGAUGACCUCUUCUACAUCAUCAAAGGAGGGGCUUAUCGCCGUGUGUUCAACAUGAACAUGGACACGGAAGCCGUAGUCUACAAUCUCCACCCCAAUUGCCAGGGAGGAGACCAUUAUCUCUCAGCCUUUGGGUACUUCUACAUCAUCUUCCAGAGCAAGGGUGUCUACCGCAGGGUCACCAACAUGAACACCAAUUCUGAUGCUGUUGAAUACAGCCUCCACCCAUCCUGCAGAGAUGGCCUCUAUUACUGGGGUAUCAAGGACUAUUAUUAUUUCGUCAAGCCCCAUGACAAAUGGGGGACCCAGUAUUACCGAACCACCAAUUUCCACGAGAACAUGGAUGAUGUAACCUAUUCCUUCCACCCUGACGUGGUCAACUUCCUCCCUGGUGGGUUGGCUAUCACCCAGGGUUCAGCUUUUGGCACCUGGGAAGCCAUCAAGACCAUCUCCAAUGAUUCCAACACGCCCAUCACCUGGAACAAGAAGAUCACCAGGAAGGUGGGCUAUGACAAGGAGAAGAUGAGCAGCAUAGAGCACAACUGGAGCGUGAGCAUCUCGGCGUCAUACCAGUCAGGAGCCCUCACCGAAGCCAUUGCCAAGUACCAGUUCUCCCUCACCACUCAAUACGGCGGGAAAAGCGUCAACACGGAGCAGGAAAACUGGAGCGAUGCCACCGACGUGGAAGAGUCUGUCAGCCUGACCCUGCAGCCAAAGGAGAAGAUCUACAUAUGGCAGUACCAGCUGGGCCUGGGCAAGAAAAACAUUUUGUUCUGCCGAGACAUGAAAUUCAACAACAAUCCAAACCCACCUACUGAAGUCCCCCUGCCGCCUUCUAACCAGUGAUCUGAAAUGGGGAGCCCCCAGGAAUACCUAAGAGCCCGCUCGCUGCCUUGUGGUAUUGCUAAGAAUUGGGGUUGUUGGGGGUAUAUUUAGGGUUAGUAUUUCACAGUAGUCAUCCUGGCUUUGCAGUGCAGGGCGUAUAGUGAGGCCAGUCUGUCCUUCGGAAUAGCAGCUAGGAAUACAGAGACACAACUCUGCGAUCUACCAUAAUGAUCGUACUGUGGGCUUCCAGAAAACCUGUUGCCAAUGGGUUUGCAGCUAACAUGGCUGGAAACGCAUUUCCUGAGCCAGCAUAGACAGAGCAUUUUUUCACUCUGACUGGCAGGAUCAAUGCUGCAGCUUCCCCACCCAGCCAAGCCACGCCGAGCCCAUACAAUUACUCCUGGGGGGAUUCUGCACCAAAAAGUUAAAAAUUCUGCACCAAAAAGUUAAAAAUGCUGGGCACGAUAUUUUAAAAUUCUGCAA